CCCAGCAGCAACAUGGCAGCGGCGUUCGCACAGUGAGAACCUGGGCGGGCUGUCACUCAACGCCCAAACAGCGCUCGCACUCCAUUACUCAGCUCUUUUUUUGCUUUCUUCCUCCGCUUGCACAAAGUCUCUGUAACCUUCAGCAAGUGUCAGCCUUUCCGACAUGAAGGAGAAACAGAAGAAAAAGAAAGGACGAACCUGGGCGGAGGCAGCACGAACGAUUGACAAUUUGCAGAGCUGGAAAAUCAAGCAAACCCAGUCGCUGUUUUGAAUUUCAUAUUGCCCACAUUGAGAAGGGUACUGGAGAAGUACCGAAACACACCAAUGAGCCACAAGGAGAUCCUACAAGUCAUCCAGCGUGAAGGACUGAAGGAAAUCAGUGGCACCUCUCCAUUGGCUUGCUUGAAUGCUAUGCUUCACACUAAUUCUAGGGGAGAAGAAGGUAUUUUUUAUAAAGUACCUGGUCGCAUGGGAGUCUACACUCUAAAGAAGGAUGUCCCAGAUGAAAUGAAGGAUCUAUCUGAGAUGUGGGACGACAGCAGUGAUGGUCAAUCGGACUCGCAGAGCACAGAGAGCAACGAGAAAAGGGAAAGGAAGAAAAUCUCAUCCAGGUUAUCACCUCAACCAGCCUCACCUCAGUCAAGCUGUCCCUCGCCCUCCAUCACACAGAAUAAGGUUAUGUCUCCAUCCCAGAAGCACAGCAAGAAGGCUCUCAAACAGGCUCUGAAACAGCAGCAACAGAGAAAACAGUGCCGUCCUGGUUUAACAGUGUCCUCCAACCCAAGGCUGUUGCUGAAGUCUGUGAAAGCUGCUGACCAAGCAGGGUCUAAGACUGGCUGGGAAAUGAAGCAGUCAGACGGGUGUUCAACAAAUCCUCAGAAUUCAACCUCCACUUCGUCAGCAUCUGGUAAAAUGGAACAAGCCCUGUCAGGGCUGGGCAGGAAGCCCUCUCAGAGGUCUGAGAGGCUCAAUGCAAGACAACUGAAAAGAACAAAAGCCAUGGACAUUGACGUUGAAACACCAGAUUCCAUUCUUGUGAACACAAAUCUGCGGGCUCUUAUCAAUAAGCACACAUUUUCUGUUUUCCCUGGUGAUUUCCAGCAGCGUCUCCUCCUCCUGCUUCCUGAAGUGGACAGACAGGUGGGUACAGAUGGCUUGAUGCGCUUGAGCACCUCAGCAUUGAAUAAUGAAUUCUUUACUUCUGCAGCCCAGGGCUGGAAGGAACGGUUAUCAGAGGGAGAGUUCACUCCAGAGAUGCAGCUGAGAAUACGACAAGAGAUAGAAAAAGAAAAGAAGGUGGAACAAUGGAAAGAAAGCUUUUUUGAAAAUUAUUAUGGUCAAAACUCUGGGAUAAGUCUGGAAGACUCGGAAAAGCUGACUGCAGUAACAAAUAACGUAGAGGAUUGUCCUGUGUCCAAACAAGCCCCUGUCCAGUUGGCCAUACAUGAUACCUCUAGCAAGGCUGGAACACAGAUUGAAACAAAAGGAGAAAAGGACAACAAAACAGGAACCAAGGAAGUAAGAAUACUAAAAGGAGAAGAAAAGGCUGAAAAAACUGAGAAAUCACCUGUCUCUUCAGAACAGUGCAAGACCAAAUCCCCAAUUAUUAAAAAUUCUGAAGAAAAAUCCUCUGAGAUCAGUCCCUUAUCUGAGAAAAAGGUGGGAUAUGUUCAGAAUACUUCAGUGCUGAAGCAGGAUAAUCAAGCAAUGGGAACAAGCUGUGCGAUCUCCCCGGAGCCUAAAGUCAUGGUACAUAAACCAGAAGUUGAUCAAAUUGAGUCCAAGCUGCAACUGAAGUUGGAAAGUUUGCAUGCAUCUGAAAAUAAAAAACCUGAGACUGUUGAUUCUGUGGAGAGCAAGGCCCAUGAGCUUUCUAAAGAAGACCAACUUGUAAAAGUGGCUUCGACAAAGGAAAUGGAAGUUACUGCAGAGGGUCUGAAAAGGAAGUCUACCAAUGACAGAGAAUCUUUGCUCAGCCCUGAGAAAAAACCUCGAGUUGUGGACAAUCUGUUAUUUCGGACCCCACCUAAGGACUUUCCCAAGAAUGAAAUUGAGCCAGAAGAACCCAAAGUCCCACCUCUUAAGAUUCCAGUCUCAAGGAUCAGACCCGUGCAAAUCCCAACUGGUCAGGUCUCUCCAAGGGCCACUUUCCCACUGCUCGUCACUAGUCCAGGGAGAACCUCAGCCAGGACUCUGGCAGACAUCAAAGCUAAAGCUCAACUCGCCAAAGCACAGCAUGCAGCAGCCGCAGCAGCCGCAGCUGCAGGUGGAGCUGUCCCAGGCCCGGGUCCGGGAGGAGGGAGCGGAGGGGGAGGGGGUGCAGGCACUGGGACUGGGAGCAACAGAAACUCAGGACAGGGGAGUGCACUGGACCUGGACAGAACUGGAGGCAGGAGAGGUACUGGAGGGCCCCUGUUUGUUUGUCCAAGAGAACAAUCUAAAUCGUGUUCGGAGGCAACGACCGAGGCAGGAACCAGUGUGGAUCCGAGAACACAAUUACAGCCGGCUCCCGUGGCACGGUGCAAAUCUGCAGUCAGCAACGUGGACCCCAGCAAAUCCACAACCCUAUCAACACCAGCAUUAACAUUACCAAGUGCACAUAAAGCAGUAGCUGUCGCUGUGCGAGCACCUUUGCAGACAUCCCCAGUGACGGCAAACAUUACUGCAAAUAAAACCUCUCCUGCCCUUUUGCAGACACAUACUGUAAACCAGGUUUCCAGUCCAACUUUGAGAGAAGUCUUGAAACUUGCACCUGCUUUCAAAGAUUCAGAAUAUGCAAAGACAGCAACUCAAAGCUCAGGAAAUUUUGCUGUGCACAAUAAACCCAGUGAAGGGGGUAAUCAACAACCUUCAGUAGAUUCCAAUGACAGAGUAUCUAAUGUGGACAGAAAGCAGCCUGCUGAUACCCAGCUGCCCUCCCUUUCUUUGGUUGCACAAAGGAACCUUCAGCCGGCUUCUUCAGCCAGUGUCUUUGCCACAGCAGGUAGUUGUAUUUCUGUAGCAACUGGAGGCACAACUGGAAGUUUAAAAGUGGCCUCUCCAGUUUCUGAAGCAAUUGCGAAUGUAGAGAGCCGUGUCAUCGCAUCUGUUGUAUCUCCACCAUUACUUUGCACCUCACAGGAUGCAGCCAGCCUUAAAACACAAGUACCUAUCAAUGAAACCAUGCCAAAAACCAGUUCGUCUAUCCCUGCAAACAACCCACUGGUUACACAAUUGCUUCAAGGAAAAGAAUUGCCACUGGAACAAUUUCUACCAAAGGCACUGACCAAAGUUGAGAUGAAGCCUGUGUAUCAGUUUUCUAAAAUGUCACCCAACAAUAAAGUGAAGACAUCGUCUGAUGGUACAUUGUUGGAAUCUGUGACAGUGGGAAGUGCCACCACUGUGAUUCACAGGUCUGGUGAGGUAACUGCUGACCUUAUCAAAGGGAGACGAUCCCAGCCAGUCACAGAACAAGGUGUUGAAUCAAUUGCUCAGUGCAGACAAGAGGAGCAGUUUGAACAGACUUCAAAGAGCAGUUCCACCAGUGAAGAGCAACAAAGCAGGGACUCUGAUCAAGACGGCAUUCAAUCAGAAUUGUUCAACAGAUCACAGGAAAGGAUUCUGCCACCCAUACUGAGCAAUGUGCAGAGUCAAAGCCUGGCUCCUGUGUCUGAGUACAAGCUUGGCAGCUCAGGCUUUCCCUCUGGAGAUGCUUCAUUGGGUCAAAGAUCCAGAUUUGGUUUGAUGGGGACAAAGUCUGCCCUUAAGCCAGCAGUGUCUGGCCAUUACCUGCUUAAUACGGCAACGUAUGGAAGAGGUUCUGAGAGCUGGAAAAGGGCACAUGCUCAGGCCCCAGAAACUCACGUUGCCGUGAAUGGUCAGGUGGAAACUUGUGAGAAGGACCUGAAGGAAGGCAGAGCAAAACUCGUUGAGGCUGAUGUUCAGCAAGCACCAGAGUCCAGUCAUCCUCCAUCUCUAGCAAUCAAGACAGAGCAGGACUCCACCCAGGUGGGUGACAGUGUCUCCUGUCCCCAGGCUGGUUAUUUAUCCAGUGGGUUUUUGAAACAGGAAGCACUCAUGCAUGAACAUCGACACACUGGAAAGGAGAACACUCCCUUACUGCCUCCUGCCCAAGUGGCUGGUAUACCUGUGUCUAAAGAAUACCAUCAAGGAAUCCAGUCAAACCUUGCUGGUGGCGGCAGCGGCAAACUGUUGCAGAGUCAUCAAGACCCUAACAAAACAUCCAGUUUAUCUGUUGGAUUACAACAGCCUGCCCAGCAUCAACAAAAGUUUCCUGCUUAUGGAAACCGUGCAAGUUCCCAGUUUGCAUUCAGACCUGUUCAUAGUGGUAGUAACAAUGUUCCUUCUGUUUCAUCUGUAAAUCAUUGCUCCACAGUCAAAGGAAUGUCAGUGUACAGCCAAGUCUCAAACAACUCUGGAAAUAUGGUGUCAUUCUCAGUUACUGUGACAACACUUCCUGCUGGUCAAUCAGUAAAUACCGGCACUCAUGGCCAAUCUGCCCAGACAUUUUCUGAAGGUGGCAAUAUGGAGGACUCGCCUUCCAAAUGUUAUUGCAGGCUGAAAGCCAUGAUUAUGUGUAAAGGAUGUGGAGCAUUUUGUCAUGAUGACUGCAUUGGACCAUCUAAAUUAUGUGUUUCCUGUUUAGUGGUACGAUAGACAACAUGGUUUCUUUUGUUUAAAACGUUACCUGGACUGGCAUAUGCCAUGCACAAGAGACGUGUACAAUCAGGAAGAUGUUUGUAUCAAUUUUAUUAACAGUGGCACCUUGUUCUAGGCUUGACUGGUAUGUGUUAAAUGAGACAGAGUUUGCACUAAAGAUCAUGUUCAGAUUUUAUUCUUCUAUUUUUUUCAAAAAAAAUACUUUGAACAGAAGCAAACAGGGUAACAAGUAGAAAUUUGUUUGAUAUUAUUUAAAUGCCUACAUAUAUUAACAGGGGCCCAUCGUAUUUUAGCUUUUUUUUCUCCCCCUUUUGGCCCCUAAUAAAAUUCAUUUGAAUGAGCAUAUUUAAAAUUUGCAUUGGCAGCAAACACUAUUUGCUGCUCGAUUAUCUUCCCCCUGAAAUGAGACAAACCGUCCAGCCUUGUACUGGGGUAAGGAAUUUUCAGCUUGUCACAAGGGGUGGCUGGUCUGUCAACUUAAAUCUAAAUCUGCUUGGUAAUCGCUGUGCUUAGUUUUACAUUUAUGAGAUUGGUAAAUGUUGGAAGUGAUAUUGCAGCUGCAUUAUCCAAUAAGGAAAAUUAAAUACAACCAAAGUCAUAAGUCUUGGGAGUUAAUUUUGAACAAGAGAUGAUGACUGGUGUGAAUUUAAUGCAGAAUGAACUGCAUCAUUAUUGGCUUUAAAUGAGAGAAACUCUAUCAGGCAUCAAGUUUUAAAAACUGUCAGGUUGUGCUUGAAGAUCAGCAGAAACUGAGAUUACUAAUUGACAGCUUUGGCAAUGGUCAAUAAAAUUUACAUCACAGUUUCAGUGCAUAAAGAAAAUCCCAGGAUGAUUAUAUUUUGUUUUCUUACACUAUUUUGAAGUUCCUUUGAUUACUCAGUCCGACGACAAUGAAGUGACUAUAAUAGAUUUUAACCUGUAUUUCCUGACCAUGGCACUGAAGAAAUUCCAGAUUAUUAGCUUCAUUUUUAAUGAUUUUAUUUCAGUGUAUGCAUUAAAAUAAUUACAUCCCAGUAUGUCAGAGAAAAAUUAUUCCUCCAUUACAAUAACCCUCAAAUGGAGUACCACAUGUCCAGUGUUUCUGUGAAAUAACAAAAAUGAAGCUCUUAAUUUUUGAGAGGCAAACAUUUUAUGCAGAUACUUCAGUCUCGAGCAAGGGAACAUAACUCUGAUUAAAUCAGCAGUAAACGGCACAGUUGCAAAUUCAAAGAACCAGCAUUCUAAUCUUCCUUAAUCCUUCAUCAGCGGCCAAAUCCAGGCUCUUGGGUAAUUACCAGGCAUCACCAAAGUUCUUUUUACCAAAAUAGGUAAACACAAAUGAAACCUGCUAACUGAUAAUUAAAUUGCCUGUGGUCGUUUGGAGAUUUUAGAUGAUAUUUAUGAUUUUUGAAGCUGUUGACAGAGAUUGAAGCAGUUAAAUACCAAUGCAGUGGAGUUUUUUUUGGGGGCCAACAAAAUAACCCACUCUUGACAGUGGUAAGAUUUUUAACCCCCUUUUUCCAUUCAAUACAAGGAAAAUAAGACUACAGUUGGGUGGUAAAGCAAAGCAACACCCUUAACUGUCACUUAACUGAAGAGAGUAGCUACACCACUUUUUAAAUUUUUUAUUGGUUUUGAUUUAAAAUGGAUUGUAAAAAUUGCAUGAAUCUCAAUGCUUUUUUGUUGUUUUUUAAUAUUCUGCCUUUGCGAUGCAAUUUUUGAGGGUCUGCUGAGUUAAUAAUGGGGCAAAUGUAAAAAUAAAUUAGACUGAUAUAUAGUUUUAAAAAACAGUAAUUUUUUUUCACAGAUACCAGUAUAGAAAUCACUAUUUUAAAAUAAUAAAGACUUUUUAAAGAAUUUAAAAGAUGAAAUAGAUGACUCUUACUUUAUAUUGGUUGCACUUCAUAUUUUAUGUUUAAAGAAAAUAAGUGGCAAAAUAUUUAACAUUUACUUCCCAAAAAAAAACUCACCCAAUAGUAGGUUGCAUGGUUAGUAACAUGGAAAAUACUCCAUACUUAACUGCAUCAGUCAAUGGUCUUUGUUGUCACAGAGACAAUUGAAUUAUUGAUAUAUUACGUCACUUGUUUAAAAAAAAAGAAACCUAGAAUCUUUAUUUCUGGUAUUGUCUUUCUUGAUACAGAUUAUAUUUUUCUCUUAAAAUUAAGAGCCUGUUCUUUUAAUGGAGAAUGUAUAUUAGAAAUAUAGCUCCUGUACGAAAUGUAUUUUAUCACCAGAUAAACAGCAAAUAAAGAAGGCUGUUAUAUCA